AUGGCCGUUAUGUGGACACACCUUGCCAGCGCGGCAAGUCGGCUAUGUGAGCCAAUCAAGCCCUGUGAGCUGGAAACAAGUAAGAGCCAGCUGCAAGAGCAAGUGGCGCAGCUGCAGUCUGUGCUGGAGGAGAUGCGGCACAGGCUUAAUCACGAGCAGAGGGUUUCUGAAGAGCUGCAGCUUCAGCUUAAGGACGAAAGAACGAGACGGGAGAGACAUCAGCGGACCAUGCAGGAUCAGCUCGACAUCCAGUGCAUUGAGAUAGAGCGGCUUCAUGCGCAGCUGGAGAAGGCCCAGGCAGUGCGGCUACAGAAGAGGGAGCUAUUGCCCGAACCACAGGACAAAAGCAAGUCGGAGACUAUGAAAUUCGAUGUGUGCAAGGCGCACGAGAGCGAGAAACAAUUGUUAGCAGCUCUCCUCGACCAUGCCUGCAUCCGAUGUGCCCGUGAGAAUUCGGCGAGAGAGGAAGGGAGCAUCUUGCAGGAACUACGCAAAGAGCUGGAGGUGGCUCAGCGCAAAGCCUCCGAGGAGCAGAAAGCUGCAGAAGCGCUCCGGGAGAAGUUGCAGAACGAAGAGGCCGUACGCCAUGAGUUGGAACAGUUGAAUGAACUGCAAUGGUCCUACUACUUGAAGGACUUUGAUCGCAACAGGGCCUUUCGAGCCGAAGUGACAGAAUUCCUGCAACAGCUAGGACAACAAUAUCCUGGCAUGGCAAAGGAGCUGGCCACAGCAAGUGCAGAGCCACUUUCUCCGUAUGGAGCUGGAGGAGGCUAA